CCCUUUCUACCUGGUACCAUCCUGCCCUGGUCAUCCUGUACCGUCCAUCCGCUAUCCACCCACUCAAAGGAAGUCUGGAAUGUAUAAAAGAGGCAAGAAGCUGCGCCCAGGGAUUGUUUCGCUGUAGCCGAUCGAAGGAGCGUCUUGACUUGAGGAGAGUGGACAUUGUUAAAGUGUACGAACCCAAGAUGAUGUUGGUCAUUAUGAGCUUGUGUCUGCUGGCGUUAGCCAGCAGUGUUCAAGCUAAAAGUUCAAACAAGGUCCAAAAAGGUGUUGGGCAGUGUAUAGACAACGAUGCACUGACAACUGAGACGUUUGCUGCUAUUGAGAACGCCAUUAAGGUCUCACAGUACGGUCAGCAGACGGAGAAGCUCAAAGCCCUGAACAGAUUGGAGAAGCAUGUUGGUAACAUGAGACCUAUAAUCAUGGCUGAAGAGAAACCGAAAGUAAAAACGUUUGCUGACUGCCUUGAACUGUUGGAGUCCGGAACCACUCGAUCCGGAGUGUACACCAUAACCCCGAACGGAACGUCAGUAGCAGUGCAGGUGUAUUGUGACAUGAUCACUGAUGGAGGAGGAUGGACAGUUUUCCAACGAAGACAAGACGGAUCCGAAAACUUCGAUCGCGACUUCAUGGACUACAGCCAGGGUUUCGGUAACAAGGACGGGGAGUUCUGGCUCGGCAACGAUGCUCUACGGAACAUGACCGCUAACGGAAACUACGAACUCCGCAUUGAUAUGUGGGACUGGGAGAAUUCUUAUAAGUACGCUACUUACGAAGGCUUUGCGGUCACUGGAGAAGAUUAUCAGUUGUCGUUCACUGAAGGGAGCUACGAUGGAACUGCAGGUGACUCUCUGGCCUUCCACAAUGGGUGGGGCUUUACGACUAAAGACCAUGACGUCGAUGGGGCUACUGGUGCUGGCAACUGUGCUGUGUGGCUGUACAGCGGGUGGUGGUUCAACUUCUGCCACCGGGCCAACCUUAACGGCCGCUACAAGAACCAAUUAGAUGCCGUUGGAGCUCAGCGGGACCAAGGUAUCCAGUGGACAGACUGGAAGGGUUUCGAAUAUUCACUGAAAAAGGCAGAGAUGAAGUUCAGACGUGCAAUGACUACGGACACAGCUGUUUCUGUGGUUGCUGCAAACUGCGCUGAGGUAGAAGGUGUGACAAGUGGCGUGUACACCGUAAACCCUACUGGUAUGGAGCCAAUUGAUGUUUACUGUGACAUGGACACCAGCGACGGUGGAUGGACAGUGUUCCAGAGACGUGAAAAUGGCGCAACGGAUUUUGAAAGAAACUUCAACGACUAUGCAGAGGGAUUCGGCGAGCUUGGUGAAGACUUCUGGCUCGGCAACAAUGCCUUAAAGAGCAUGACUGACCCUUCGGUUGGGUCAUACAAGCUUCGUAUUGAUAUGUGGGAUUGGGCAGGGAACCACAGCUACGCUGAGUACUCGGACUUCUCCAUCACUGGGGAUAACUUCGUACUUGGGAUCGGAGAAUAUGGUGGAGACGCUGGUGAUUCACUGACCUUCCAUAAUGGCAUGGGUUUUACGACCAUAGACCAUGACGUGGACGAAGCUACCGGCGGUAAUUGUGCAGAGUGGCUGCACGGUGGAUGGUGGUACAACUACUGCCACCGGGCCAACCUCAACGGUCGCUACCGUGAAAUAGACGCAGUGGAUGGGGAGAGGGACCAAGGUAUCCAGUGGGUAGCUUGGAAGGGGUUUAACUACUCACUCAAGAAGGUUGAAAUGAAGUUCAAGCCUUUUUACAACGACUACUGAUGAAUACUAGAUACAAAUACUAGCCCUUGUACUAUGAGACACGUAGCAUACUUUUAAAAGGAUACUCCCUUUUGUUUUGGGUUGUUCUAAAACCCCCUGGACCCACGACCCCCUCGACCAUCGACUUUUGUGCGAUCUUUUUUUCUGUACACCGAAAUUGCCACAGUUCACAAUCUCAGCCAAUCACGCACACAAUGUUGUUUGCUGACAUCGACUACCAUGCCUCGCAGAUUACAACAACACAGCGUACGAGACACGUAGUAUGCACGAAGCAAACUUCGCGUGAUUGGCUGCCGGUGCCGAGAUCGGGCCUGUGGCAAUUACGAUGUACAGAUAAAAAACCACGGCAUUUCCACGUGUAUCUCUUGGCCGAUCCGAGAUUAUUAACCCAACUGGGAACCUGUAUUUACCGCCCGAGUAUGAUUACGGCCAACUCAUUACGUGAUGAUCAGACAGACCCAUUUCCGGCCGAUCGCUCCCGUUCUGUGUACUAUGGUACUACUAGUUGCUCUAAGCGGAGCUCAAGGUUGUAGACCCGACCGACCGAAUGGCCACACGGACGUGUUUGGGGUCCCCAAUCGGUGUGCACUUGUCACGUGCGGAAGCGGAGAGUAAAUACUCCCAAUUCUGUGUGGCUGAUGCAGAUAAAUAUAACCGCAGUCUCAAACUUGAAG